AUGUUGGCACAAGUAAUUAUUUCAGUUUCUUCUGCCAUUGCCAAUUCAAUAGCUCCUCGGCAGAAUCAAUUUCUUUCUCCGGAAGAUCUCGCUUGGGCUGAUUCCUGCCUAGUUAAAGAUUCUUCUGAUAUUUCAGAAACUGAUUGGGUCCCUUUGAAAAGUUCUUUAUUAGAAAUUAUUAGUUCCCAAACUAAAUUUUCCAGAGAAGACAUAGAAAUUCCUCCCCACCGUAUCAGUUCUGAAAGUAUUUCUGUGGAACUUAAUCAGCAAUCUUCAACUUCUGACGGGAGAGGUUUAUCUGAGUCAUCUUCAACGUAUAAUGUUAACUCAUUAAGUAUGCUAGUAGAAACAAGCACUGAUGAAAUUCUAGAUGAUGAAACGAGUGUCAACUUGCCAUCUUUCAAUCCUUUUUUGCCAACUUAUAAUGAAAAUCUAAAGGAGGAGAAAACCAUUGAUUUUGGGCUUGAUCUGGAUUCUUCCUCUUAUGAGACGGAGCAACUCGCUGACAAUAUCUUCAAAAUUUGGGAUUUAGAUAUUCCAUCUGAAGAAGAUGGAAGGAAGAGAGAGAAGGGGAGAAAAGACACAAUCUGCCACACUUUGUUCCCCUUGCGCCGUUUCACCAACGCCGCUGGACCUCACGCUCUUCUCUCCGGAAGCCCUAAUCUCCGUCGCGCUGAUAGCAGCUGCGUCGUUUUGGUCCACCGCUUUAUUCCCCGCCUCUAUGGCCGCCUUCCAAAGCUUCUCCGAUGGUUAUGGGGUCAUCAUCUAUGGCGGCAGAACCGUUAUACCCAAUUUUAA